GUCUGUUAACUGUUUGAGCCAUAGCUGCCAUAACACGCAGUAGCCAUAUCGGCACAGCUGUGGCAAGUGACGCAAGCAGCUUCAUCCCGUCUACGUGAGUUAUGCCGCCACUCCCAGGGAUGACGCCAAGUUUGCCCAGUGCGGGGACAUCACUUGACCUUCAGGGCGUCACCGAAGAGCAGAUCAAAGAGUUCCUUGGAUCGGUUUCUGAGGAGGAACGUCAGAAUGUCAUGGCAGCUUUGAAGAUCGUGAAGGCAGGAGGAGCAUCCGAAGGCGAAGGGCCCGCACCGAAGGCGAGCUCCUACAUGAUGCAAGCCACUGAUGGAGGAUGGGGUUUCUACCUGAUCAAGGUGGAUGUGAACUCCGAUGGCAGUGGAACUGUGAAGGAGCAGGUGUCCACCAGCGAAGAAGCUCCAGAAAUCACUGAGGUAUGGACAGGGAAGUUCACCCUCAGUGGGGAGAUCACCCUCAUGUUCCAAGGCACAGAGGUUGAGGUGAUGUCGGAUACUGGCAAGGUUGCCGAGUUCAAGAGAGAGACCAAAGCAGGGAGCAAAGAAUUCCGCUUUCAGAAGGCAGACGGAGGAUGCCUUUUGCACUUGGGGGAGGAUGGUGCGCCUUUGGAUUGCCCUUAUCCCUCAAAAGAGGGAGAGAAGAAGUACCUCUAUCCCCAAGGGGGAGGUGAAGCAUGGUGAAGCCUAAAAAUUUGAACCAGGCGAAGCGCGGGCCGAACGUUUUCUGCUUGUACCGAACACGCUACUGCAGCGCAUGAGCGCCGAAGCCGCUCCACCUUGGACUGACACAUUCUUUGGACACGAAAAAGAA